AGAUGUGACAACUGCCGGCGCCUGAAAGAAAAGUGCAACGGUGGAACCCCGUGUGACCGGUGUGUAAAAUCCGGCCGCAAAUGCCUAUUCACCAAUGCCUACAGGCGAUCAAGACGCCGACCCGCACCACAGCCGCCAGCGGCCGUGAUAGAUCCAAAAGAGUUCUUUGGUAUCGAAAGGAUUCGCAACUUGGAAGCCAUUGUCCAACACUUUACGAACAUACGGGACUUCAGCCCUAAAGUACUCGCAGAGUCUCUGGUGGCUCUCAAAGCGGCCGAGGAGGGCUCGGCUCAAUCACACGAUCAAUAUAACUUGAACGACCAAGAGACCCUAGACGAAAUCCGUAUAGCCGAAGAGGCGAGCAAUUUCGCCUCGAUACCGGCCAAUUUCGCUACUGCCGAGCAGCUGCUGUCAUGGCCAUUCGCCAUUCAAGACGCAGUUUCUCUAUUUCCACCUGUCGAUGUCGCCACCAUACUGCUCGAUGUCUUCUUCAGCGUUUCCCAAACAAACUACUUCUACGUAGACGAGGAACAGAUACGGAGACGAAUAUCUGAGAUGUAUACAGGUAUCGCUGCACCGCUCUCGACUGCUGAUGCUCCAUGGGUGUGUACCGUACUCAUGGUAUUCUGCGUCAGCACCCAGUUCGCACACUUGGCGCCUCAGGUGAAGAGUCGGCAUUCGAGGAACGGGCAACUCGAUGUUGCUUCAGCGGUCGACGAUGCUUUAGCGCUGUCUUUCUAUCGAAAAGCAACGUCCAUGAUCCCCGAUUUGUUGACAAUUGGGAGUGCACAAUGCGUGCAGGCAUUCAUUCUUAUGGGCGUGUACACACUCCCAGUAGAUCCUGCAGGUUUAGCUAGCAGCUAUUAUGGCAUGGCUAUGAAAAUAGCGAUACACAAUAACAUGCACUUGAAGAGUCUUUACAAAACACGAGACACGGAGAUGAGCAACCGCAUUUGGUGGACAGUGUACACUCUAGAAAGGCGGGUAUCUAUACUACAUGGACGGCCAGCAUCAAUUCAGAGGUCGCAGAUAGGCACUGAGCUCCCAGUCGACUCCCUUGAACUACAACCAUCCGGAAGGCCCAAUACAUUUCAUAACGCCAUGGCUCAGAAGGAUCUUACCGAGAUCAUGGAGAUUGCUCGUGACACCAUCUUGGUUUUGAAAAGAGCCGAUAGGCCGAAGCUCAAGCAACUGUCUAUCCCCGAAUGGGUCACGACCCGCCAAACCCUUAUAGAACACUGCAUUAAAAGCGCCACAUCGUCCAUACAGCUCUGUCAAAAGCUCAACGAUGAAUUCGGGCUUUCCAAAUCCUCAUAUACUGAAUUCACUUCUUGCUGCGCUGCAGUAGUGACUUUGAUAGCUCACCGUAUCCUCAACAAGACGGCAGACCUUGAGGACGUAUGCGAUCAAGGGAUUAUACUACUGAAAAUCAUGUCUGGUGGCGUCUUUGCGAAUACUAAAAGCUCCGAGAAACAGGGCCUGGAGAUUUUAGAAAUGGCGUUGGCGAAACUAGGCACAAGCCAUGGUGGAAGUCCCGCGUUGGGUGGUGCGGGUUACGACCAAUUUUGCACCUGGGUCGCACUGCAGAUUGACCCGGAUCACUCGCCCAGAGACGACGAGGCAACGCACGCGGCAGGAUUGGCGCAAGGAUGUAGACCAGCUCCGGAAUUUUCCCAUACAGAAGGAACGAACUUCAUCCCGGAGUUCGUUCCCUCCACAUUUGCCGAACUAAUGUCGUUCCCUGGCUUGGAAAAUUAUUUUCAGUACUCAGUAAGGUAG